GUUUGGUUCCCCAUUCUUCGCAUUCAUCCGUAUUUUGAAAGAAAUCCCUAUCUAUCCGAGGACGAAAAUUCUCUCUAGCGUGUCAAGCCCCUCCUCUUCUUCCAGAUGGCUCGUACGAAGCAAACUGCUCGCAAAUCCACAGGUGGAAAGGCUCCCAGAAAGCAGCUUGCUACCAAGGCUGCGCGUAAGUCGGCACCCACUACUGGAGGCGUGAAGAAGCCACACAGAUACCGCCCAGGAACAGUUGCUCUUCGAGAAAUCCGCAAGUACCAGAAGAGUACUGAGCUUCUUAUCCGCAAGCUCCCAUUCCAGAGGCUUGUCCGAGAAAUCGCACAAGAUUUCAAGACAGAUCUGCGUUUCCAGAGCCACGCGGUUUUGGCGUUGCAAGAGGCGGCUGAAGCUUACCUCGUUGGGCUGUUUGAAGAUACCAAUCUCUGCGCCAUUCAUGCCAAGCGUGUUACAAUAAUGCCGAAAGAUAUUCAACUUGCCAGAAGAAUCCGUGGUGAAAGAGCUUAACCAGAAUCUCCAGAUUAUAAGAACUAUGCGUCGAUCUAUAAAUGUUUUUUAUUUUUAUUUUUUUUCUUUUUUACGCUCCAAUUGCAAUCAAUGUGUAAAUUGUGUUUUGAUAAUAAACACAAUCCUAGUUAUACAUUUAAGGACAUUGUUAUUUGUGUCAACUACGAUCCUCAGCGGAAUUCAAAUCGAGUCCUUCGUUGACACAUCUAAGUAAUUGAUUAUAUGUUCUUGGUUAAAUGCUAUGUUUAAUUAUAUCUUUUACUUUGAA